UUUUCAGCGCUAGGCAGAAAAGGAUUUUUAAUGUACAGAGGGAUUUUUAAUGUUCGGUUUGUCUUCAUUGCUUAUCUGGCUUGUUUUUAUCCGCUUUAUUUUUAGUCGUUUUGAAUAAUACAUUGUUGCACACAGUCCUGAAAUAUUAAACUGCAUGACUGGCGAUAUGCAAGCAUUUUAGGGUUUUCUAGUGCAGUUUAGCUGGGGGUGGAAAAAGGGUUCUACAAUUGCCAACACCCUCCAGCCAGCCAUACUGAAAGUGGCCCUACUUUUAUUCCACCUUAUUCCUAAAUGUGCAUAAGAUUGCUCAGGAAAUAAGCUAUCAAGAAAACGACAUACUCGGAACAACAACAACAACAUGACGUGAUCCGGAUACCCGACAGUUUGAACGGAUCAGCUCUCGCGAGAAGUCGGAAAUUUGAAUCGCUGCCGCCGCAGGUUUUUGAGCGGCCUUCUGCUGGAUGUAGAGAAGAGUACUUUGGUCUCACCGGUAGUACAUAUUUCAUUUCUAAAUGAUUACAAUUAUGAUAACGAUUUAAUUACGUUAUUCUGAAGUCUAUAACCAAGCAUCUACACACACCCAAAGUUGAAAUUAUGGAUUGUGGAAUACAGUUCAUUGAAACUCUAAAGAAGAUAAAAUUUUCAAAAGCAGAUUGUCUUAAUGGAGAAGACUUUGACUGGUUAUUUGAAACAUUAGAAGAUAAGUCAUUUUUGGAAUGGUUUUGUACCACUUUGAACGAGCAUCAUGCAUUAUCUGAUGCAGAGCUGCAGGCACAUAAUGUGCUUCUUAAUUCAUCAAAACCUCUAUUGGAACUGGAGGCUUUAGAUGAAGUUCUCAAGACUUGCACCACUCUUGAACUAAACACCAAUACUUGUGAAGAAGAUGAUGAAGAGAAUCUUAAAAUAUUAGAAGAUGAAUUUCAAGCUCUUCAAAAGAUGAAGCAGCUAAAGAUACAUCGUCGUAUCAAACUUCAAUUUAUGGCCUCAAGCAAUAAUCUUAUGUCGCAGAAGCUUAAAGAAAAAGGAGAGGAAACACCUAAAACACUGAAAGAGAGUCAGGGGAUUUUCACUGUCAUGAAUACAAAGAUAAACAAUGAGUUGCAGUAUCUUACCGAGCAAGUUGAAAAACUGACCUCUUUCUUUGCUGUUGCGUCAAGAGCAACAAAACAACAAGAGCUGGAUCUUCAUCCUGUGCUGCUAGUCCAACUUCCUUUAGAUAAAUACUUGGGUCAGGAAGAACAAAGCACUGCUGCUCUUACUUUGUAUACAAAAAAGCAAUUUUUUCAAGGCAUAUCUGAGCUCGUUGAGAGUUCUAAUGAAGAGAAUUUCCAGCUUAUUGAUAUAAGGAAUACAUUCAGUUAUGAAAAGAGCAGUGAUGUAUGUGGAGAAAGAUUAGAGCUGACUAGGCUGCAGAUGGCAUAUGUUUGUGCUCAGCAUCAACUGAUUCAACAGGAAGCUAAGAAUCUAAGCUUGAGAUCAGGUCUUCGGUGGGCAGAAGAAAAUACUGACUAUUUAAAAAGAACUCCUGAAAGAGAAAGAUUUGAAGCUAGAAUUUCUAGUUUGAACAAUGACAUCUCUAAAAUAAAAAAACAUUUGGCUCAGAUAAACAAUGAAACCCUACCUUUGCUGCUAAAAGAAGAUAAAGAGCUAUUGAACAUGCCUGUGGUUAGGGGUAAUUUUGAUCUACAGAUUGCUCGACAGGACUAUUUCAUGUCAAGACAAGAUCAGAUUUGUAACCAGUUGAUCAAACAGAAGGCCUCAUUUGAACUUCUUCAAUUGGCUUAUGAAAUUGAGUUGAGAAAACUUAGAGAAAACAGCCAUAUGCUGGAAAAUAUGGUGCAGGAUCUGAAACAGAGCAAUGUUACUUUGGGUGAAACACUAGAAAUAAUGUCUGAGCCUUCAGUAUCCCAUCAUAAAGUACUGAGAAGCACUGUUGAUUCAAAUGAUAUUGCCACACAUAGGUUGUGUCAGCUUCUGGAAGGAGAAAAUCUAAAACAGUUGUUCAGAACACACAAAGGCCUUGAGCAGAUGGCUGAAAAAUUACACCUAAACACAAUGACAGUGCUUGAUCAACUAGCAAUAACUAGCCAAGAACAAACUCUUCUGCUGUCAAAGAUGGAUGCUGCUCUAAUUGCCCUCCGUGAUUCCAUGUACUGCAGUGGAGAAAGCAUCUGUCUUAGCAGUCAGGAACUUGCUGAGAAGUUCAGUUGGCUGGAAUUUCAAUUGAAUAAAUUAAAUCAGCUUAUUAUGGAUUUUCUUGCUGAUAUAAAAGCUAAGAAGAAAGUAUUGGAAAAUAAUACAUUACAACAGAUGGAAAGAAAACUCUAUGUGUACUUUCUCAAAGACGUGGAACAUUUGAAGAACAUUGUUGAGAGACUAGAACGGCAAGUUAAGGUUCAAGCUAUGUCUUAAAGAUAAACGUUCAAUUCCUAGUGUACAAUUUUAGGUUAGUAUAUUUCUGUUUGAAACAAUUAAACUGUUUUAUUUAACACUACAAUGUAACAUAAAACUGCCCAGAGAGCCUCAGCUAUGGGGUGGCAUAUAAAUGAAAUGAAUGAGCAUAGGCAAGAAAAAACAGAAGGACUGAUCCUACAGCAUCAGAAAAUCACAAGAGAAAGAAAACAAAACAGGUACUGUCAGUUACUAUUUGAGCAAUUUGUAUCCUAUAUAUUUUGAAUUCAGGGACAAAAUAAAAUCUGAGAUGUUGUUAUAGAAAAUUGUUACAAACAAUCAGAAAACAUCCUAAUAACAAGUCUCUUUAGACUUGUUACAAUACUUUCCAUGUUUAUUACAGAGUUUUGGAAGAGAAACUUCAUCAGGUUUCAGUUUAGCCUGGAGGAAGCACAUCACCUCAAAAUGUAUAAGACAUUUCAUAUGUCAUGAAGAUGUUUCAUUAGCUCUCUUCCCUCUCUCUAAAAUUAAAUCAUUACAGCCCUAUGAACAUGACCAUGUAUCAGGAGUGUAUGGAUUAUUUUGUACAGUUAUACAUCUUUGUGCCUAAUGCUGGUUUUAAUCUAAUAUCUGCAUUUGCCUUUACAUUCCCAGUGCUCUGUGCAGUAGUAUGUAUUAGCCUCCCUCGCUCUGGUGCCCUGUAAAUGUGUUGAACUACACAUUCCAUAUUCAGCGUCUCAUCACUCCCAGCUAUAUCAAAAGAGCUCCAAGUUGGGGAAGGCUGCUUCAUCACUUCCCACUGUGCUGCACUGAAUUGCAGUGAGUGACUGAGACUGCAAUUGUACAGUCACAUGCACAGAGGUAAGCUCCCUGAACUCAGACUUGGUUCUGAAUAAGCAUGCAUAGUGCUGUUAGCGUUCCAUAGUUAAGAACAAUCAGUUGUAACCUUAAGUCUAGUACUUAGUACUAGAUGCAUUACUAGGUAGCAAUUAAGGAUAUAUGCGUGCAUUCAUAACAGUUAAGUUCUAAGCAUACCUGCUUCCAUGGGGUUUGAUGGAACAUUCAAGUAAAUGUUAUUUAAACAGGCUGUAAAUAUUAGCACUAUCAGUAUGUGAUUAAGACUCUUACAGAUCAAAUGCUAAAAUUCUACCCAAUACAUUUUUUUAACAAUUCUAUGUGUCAGGUGUUUUAUUUUCUAGGAAUAGUAAAAUGUAUACAAAAUGUUGUAAUUUCUAUCCCAUGUGUAUGGUGCAUUCCUCGGGGCCUAUUCUACUUCUUACCUACAAUUCCCUGAGGUAGGUUUGUGACUUUGAAAAAUCCAGCUAGUACAUUUUACUCUUGAAUGUUGAACAGUGGCUCCAUACUUCAGCACACUUAUCAACUAUUGGGUCUACAGAUGAACAGAAGUGGCUUAGUUCACAUGCUUUCUGGGACAGACCGUUCUGGAACUUAAGUAUUUUCUUCAUACAUCACAUUAAACCUUCUGAUCCUAAUAAGUAAAUUGUGGCAUCUAAACUUCUGGGCCUAAUUGAUUUCUUACACUUCCAUCCCACUUCCUUCCAUGUUGCUUGGAAUUGUAUAUAUGAUCAUCUCACCUAUUUAAUCCUCACAAUUGCAUUUUAGGCUGAAGGACUGUUAUUUAUGUAAGGCAGGUGAUAACUUCUUAUGGAUGGGGACCCGAAUAACAUCACCAAAUUCUUGGAUGUCCAGCCAGGGACCCUGGCUGAAGGAAUUUCAUGCACCAUGAAGUCACCUCAACUGAGGCACCAAGUAGAUUUUUUCAGCUUUCUUUGCUGUCAUACCUUCCUAUAGGGUCCAUUUUGAUUCAGGGGGAGAAUGCACAACAGCCAAAACACAUGCCUUGCUAAGUUUAAGUAUGUAC